CUCCCCCGACCCUUCCCCUCUCCCUGCCCCGCCGGGGACCAGGCAGCGCCCGCACCGCGCCCGCUACAAUGGCGCCACCUGGCGGCGGCCGCCGCGCUGCAGCGCGUCCCAGCGGGCCGGGGCGGGGGCGCACGGGGGGCACUGCGGGGGCUGGGGCGGCACCCGAGCGGGACACUAAGGGACAGGGGGGCGCAGGGGGGCACAGGAGCGCAGGCUGAGCCGCCUCGGGGGGCACAGCGCCCCUCCGCCUCCCCUCGGUGCCCACCGCAGCUCCUGCAGCGCGUGCACUGAGCUGUGCCUGGCCUCAGCCCUCGGUGCCCCCGGGUGCCUGGGUCCCCCCACCGGCCACGCUUCUGCCGCGGCUACUUAUUUUCAGGCACAUGCCCCCUACAAUUAGCACAUGCGCUUUAAUUAAUUUGCCUUUUUGACUGCUUUGCCCAAAUUAUCUCGACUACGGUGCGGCUGGGCGUGCGCAUGGCAGAUAACGCUGCUAUUUCUGGCUCAGGAGGCCAGCACAGCUGCAUCCUCCUGGGGCCACAUCCCGCGCCCAGCACGGGGCACAUCCCUGGGACAGGCCACAGCCCAGGGAUGGGGGUAUUCUCCAUCCUCGUCCCCGUGACCUGCCUUUUCCCCGGCCCAGCCGGCCCCUGGUUUUGUGGGUGGCAGCUCUUCCCCAGACCCCUGAGCUGGGCAGAUCCUCCUGGUUAUUGCCGCAGUCCGAGUGAAAAUGGAGCUCAAUCAGGCAAAGAUGCUAAAUUAGGUCUGUUUGGAACAAGCUGUUAAACAUGCAAACCUUCUGAACACGAAGGAGAGAUGGAUAAAACCCUCCCAGAGCUCCCGAAGAUGCUGCCAGCAGAAGGGGGAUGCAGGGAGGGAGUGCAAGGAAAGGGAAGGAUGCCCCCAAGCCCCCCUGCAAUGGCAGCCUGAGGUGCAGGGACGUGGCUGAGGGCACAGAAGCCGUCUGUGGCAGAGGAGAUGGCCUCCGGCCACCAGCCAGCACUGGGACACAUGGGCCAACCCCACAAGCCCCCUUGGCGUGAACUCCAGGGACAGGGUGGCCACCGGCACCAGCUUUAAAACAUCAUGGAUCAGAACCGGGAUGGCUUCGUCAACAAGGCAGAUCUGAGAGACACGUUUGCUGCACUCGGACGCCUGAAUGUGAAAAACGAGGAGAUCGAUGAGAUGAUCAAGGAGGCACCCGGCCCCAUCAACUUCACUGUGUUCCUCACCAUGUUUGGAGAGAAACUGAAAGGUGCUGACCCGGAGGAGACAAUCCUGAAUGCAUUCAAGGUGUUCGAUCCAGAGGGGAAAGGCCUGAAAUCUGCCUACAUCAAAGAAAUGCUGAUGACGCAGGGCGAGAGGUUUUCCCAGGAAGAGGUCGAUCAGAUGUUCGCAGCCUUCCCUCCGGACAUUUCUGGCAACCUGGACUACAAAAACCUUGUCCACAUCAUUACGCACGGUGAAGAGAAGGACUAGCCCACGCUCGGCGCUGGGGCUGGCAGGAUCACCUCUGUCUGGGGUGCACGGGGGGCGGGGGGUCCCUUUACCUCUCCCCUUGGGGAACGCGUCAAUGGCAUCCACAUUAAACUGCCCUUGGCAAGAGGAAACCCAGCCGCUGGUGUGAGCGGUGCUUGGGCUGGCGUGGUGUGUCUGCGCAGUGCGGCUGUGCCCGGCGGG